AUGGCUGAUAGUUCCCAGAAAUUGCUAACGGUUAUAAAGAAUCCGGUCUCAAACUAUCUACCAGUUGGGAGCCGUAAGAUAUUGAUGACGUUCAACACAGAAGAGUUGAUAUUACCGAACAAACUCAUGUCGCCAGAGGAAGAUGCACCACUAGUGGUUGCUAUUGGAGGCAUUGCAAAAGGAAAA